CGGGAUGUACAGACGUUCACCGUUUCCUUGGAAACAACAAUACGUUCCCUAUUUACAAAGCACGUCAACGAUUUAUUCAAACAAUAUGGACAUUCAGGGACGAAAUGUCCGCAGCUGUGGAGAGAACAUCGUAGAAAUGGUUGACAUGGAUGAAGAAAACAUUGCCAUUUCCAGUUCCUCAGAUGCAGAUGCUGCUUUUGAUGCUGUCAUUGGCUGCAUAGAGGACAUCAUCAUGGAGGAGGAGUUCCAGCAGCUUCAGCAGAUCUUCAUGGAGAAACACUACCUGGAGUUUGAUGACUCUGAUGAGAACAAGCUCAGCUACACACUGAUCUUCAAUGAAUAUGUUGACCAGCUGGAGAAACACCUGGAGCAGCAUCUGAUGGAGAGGAUUCCCAGCUUCAACAUGAAUACGUUUAUAGAGCUGCUCAUGCACCACAAAGAGGAGGUCUCCACUGACAUUUUUGACAUGUUGCUGACAUUCACUGACUUCAUGGCCUUCAAGGAGAUGUUUCUGGAGUACAGAGCAGAGAAGGAGGGCCGAGGUCUGGACCUGGGCCAGGGACUGGUGGUCACAUCUCUGAUCCCUGCAGGAUCCGGACUAUCACAGUGACACCCACACACUUGAAUUGCCUCUUACUCUAUGUGGUCAUGUCAGAUUUUGUCCAUGAGCCUUGAGAAAGAUUUUAGCUUGUGGCCAGUGAUGUUUGUGAUGACAGGCUUCAGGAUACUCUCACCCAUCAGUCUACAGGAUGUGCACAAAUGGCCUCUAAUGACAAAUGUAUACUUAUAUGCAUUCGUCUGUGUUUUAUGUGGCAAGUGGGUUGGCAUGUGUGUUUAAAAGCCUCUCUGUAAUUAAAGAGUGUAGAUGGAAGGUCUUGACUUUCUUCUACUCCCCAACCACUGCACUGGACAUAACAACCGCUUGAAAUAUUCAAAACUCUCAAACUGGAAUUUGUUGGUAUGUGUGAGGCCUAAUCUACAAUCUUCCUCUUAUCCACAUAUAUGUUUAUUUGAAUUUAGCAGUUACAAGCUCUGCCUAGUUGAGGAGUUGGAACCAAAAAAUUGGUGCCGGCACAAGACUGAUGCUUGUAUUUUCAACUCAGCCUCCUGAUUCUUAUUUGACAGGCAUCAACAGAUCCCUUAUCGACUGGUGCACAACGUUGGAUAUGAGUGCAUGUGUGAAGUUGCUCUCUUUGUCUGGUUUGUUUUCUCAUAAGAGAAGAAUAGCAGAGCUAACAUGUUUUAUGAAAUUCUAAAUUAUUUGGUCAGUUUGACUGAGUUUUGUGCCUGUGAAUGUUAAUGUAUAUAGCAGUUGUGUGUUUGUGUGUAUCUGCAUUUAGAAAUAAGAUUUACAGUAUAGUUUUCAGCAGUGUCAAAGUGUUUUCUAUUUGUCUUAACAUAACCAUUUUGAUUGCAAAGGUGUAUUUAUGUCACUGCUGAAAUACAGUUGAUACCACUUUUGUUAGUAAAAAGAUG